CUCCAAGAUGGCUGUCGAAAGACGAAAUACGAGUCACUCGGAUGUGUUUAGAACUUUCGGAACGGUUUGGUAGCGUUUUGAAACGCUUGUAGUCGAUCGGAACCAACCACCAGUUUGUACAGAUAUCACAGAAUCGAUAUAAGUUAUUUUUUGUUUGAGAUAAUCCAUGAGAGGCCGAUAGAACGCCGCGAUGUUGGAGAGCUGGGUCGCCUGGGUGGUCAACUCGUACGUUGGGGAAUAUGUAGGGUUGGAAUAUCUGAAUACUGACCAGUUAUCGGUGGCUCUAUAUCAUGGCUCUGUUGUCCUGGAGAACCUGCCCCUCAGGAAGGAUGCUCUUAGGAAACUGGACCUGCCCAUAGAGGUUAAAUCAGGAUUCAUUGGCCAUCUGACAAUCAGGAUCCCCAUAACCAACAUUGCCACUGCACCCUGGGAAAUCCAGAUCAAGAAGCUGUACCUGGUGGCAGGAGCACAGCCCAAUCCGCAGUUUGAUGAAGAAGAAGCAAAAACUUCAGAUUUGGAGAACAAGAAAAAACAACUGGCUGCCUUAGAGGAUCAGUGGAAGGCCCAGCAUCAUCAGCAGCAGUCCUACUCCUUCUGGUACUCCAUUGGCUCAUCACUCCUGAACAAGGCCAUCACUAACAUACAGAUCAACAUCGAGGAUGUCCACAUUCGGUACGAGGACAGCUCCUCCCUUCCUGGCACGACCUUUGCCCUCGGGAUCACCAUGGACAAGUUCUCAUUGGCCAGCACUGACCAGAAAUGGACCCAGAAGCAUCCCACCAAAGAAACCCCAGACGUGGUGCGUAAGCUGGGUAAGCUGGAGGGGUUCGCUGUGUACUGGGACACGGAGGCUGACCCACUGGGAGAAGUCACACCAGCACAGCUAGAGGAAGAACUACGGAAAGCCAGAACCAAAGCAGAGGCCCCUGACGUCCACAGCUACAUUAUCUGCCCCGUCAGUGCGGAGGCGCGUGUUUGGCAGAACCACUCGCCCCUGCCGCUCCGUUCCCGCGCCAUGCCCCGCUUCCAGUGCGAGAUACAGCUGGAGGACCUGCCAAUCAACCUGAACCAGACCCAGUUCAAGUGCAUGAUGGGAUUGCUGCGUGAGUUCGACCGUUACAGCCUGGCACGAAAAUAUAGAAAAGGACGGCCGACAGUGCCAGUUAUCAGAAACUGUCGUCAGUGGUGGCAGUUUGCCAUCCGCUGCCACCUACAGACUGUGCAGCAGCGCCACCACAGGGCCUCCUGGCAGUACGUACUGCAGCGGGCCAGGGACAAUGUACAGUAUGUGGACCUGUACAGCGUACAUCUCACCUCACCUCAGACACUGUCUGAAGAAGACAAGGCAACAAUGGACAGGACAGAAUCAGAGUUGUCUAUAGAUGAACUGCGUAUCCUGGUGGAGAUAGCCAUGGAGAGAUGUCAGGGACAGAUGGCAACUCAGACUGACAGCCAGGCAGCAACCCCCACCCCUGGGGAUGGACAGCAGCAGGCCUGGGGAUACAUGUCAUCAUGGUUCCCUGGGUGGGCACAGUGGUACACCUCCCCCCAGGGACAAACUGUACAGGAGGACCUAAGGAAACAAGUCAGCCAGGAGAUAGAACCUAUUAUAGAUGAAGAAGAGAUCCUGGCCCUGGUGGUGGAUUCUGCAGCAGAUAACACCCUGCUGAGGAGGGACCUGGUCUUCGCUCGGCUCGACUUCUGUCUGAAGAAGGGAUCUGUCACUCUUCUGCAGGCACCCAGUGAUGCUGAAUGUUCAAAGGUGAAACCAAUCCUGGAGAUGUCGUGCUCUGCGAUCAGCCUGGGGAUGGAGCUCCGGCCACGCUUCAGCUCCAACCUGCUGACCAUCAGUUUAGGGGCACUCAGGGUACAGGACAGGACAACAGAGGACACAAUAUUCCCCUGUCUACUGGCUCCACAGUGUACGGGUACGGAGAGAAACUAUCCCAUCAGCUUAGGGCCCCUCAGGGUACAGGACAGGACAACAGAGGACACAUCCUUCCCUUGUCUACUGGCUCCACAGUGUAUGUGUACGGUAAGUAACUAUACCAUCAACUUAGGGGCACUCAGGGUACAGGACAGAACAACAGAGGACACAAUCUUCCCCUGUCUACUGGCUCCACAGUGUACGGUAAGUAACUAUACCAUCAGCUUAGGGGCACUCAGGGUGCAGGACAGGACAACAGAGGACACAAUCUUCCCCUGUCUACUAGCUCCACAGUGUAUGGAGGGUAGCCAGGGAGUCCCCAGACAGUUUGGAGUGUACAGCCGAGCAGGGCCUUCAUCCUACCUGCAGCAGACUGUUCCCAAACCCAGCUCUGACGACCCGCUCUUCAACCUGGUGUACGAACAGAAACCCCUCAGGAGUCAAGCUGACCACAGGUUGGAGGUGAUGUCCCGUGCCAUGGUGAUCGUGUACAACUCCACGGCCAUGCACAAGAUCGCAGAGUUCUUCCGCUCCCCGCACAAGUCCCCCGGCCUGAGGUCACAACCCUCGGAAACACAGCUCACCCAGCUGGCAGCUCUGGCAAGGACCAGGUAUGAGCAGCUGAAGACUCAGACGCAGGCGGAGAUCCGGCAGACUCUGGACCAGCUGCUGGAGGGUGAGAGUCAGGGGAGGUCGGCGGUGUGGGACGUCAGGCUGGACAUCUCUGCACCACAGUUCCUGGUGCCACAAAGCUUCACUGACAAGAAUGCCACCAUGGUUGUGUUUGACUUUGGCCACCUGAGUUUCUCCAACCACAAGGACAAGCCUGAUGAACAGAAGAACAGCAUGGAGUCAGACAUCGAUGAAGAAGAUUUUGUGACCCCGCUGUCCACCCCUGCUGCCACCCCACCUACAGAACCAGUCACACUGGAGAGGUUUGUUAGUGUGCAACAGGAAGACCUGAGCGAACAGGCACUGCAUGAGAAACUCUACGAGAGGUACAAGGUGGGGUUCUCGGACCUUCAGGUGAUGGUUGUGAAGGGGAGGGACAACUGGCGCCACGCCCACUCCAAGGGCACCUCCCACAUGCACGUGAUUGACAGGUUCAGCAUCAGCCUGCGCAUGGAGAGGAGGCUGGUCUACACGUCCGACCCACAGUGGCCCAGCGUCACCCUGGCUGGGAACCUGCCCAAGCUGGGACUGCAUGUCAGCGAACAGAAGGUCCAUGCUCUUCUGGCCUGUAUGAAAGCCCUGGGAGGAGAUGAACCCAGCACACCUUCACCUGACCUUGACCCCGUUGACCUGCCCUCUGACAUGAGCACAGCCAGCACCCUACAGGCGACCCUUGACCUGUCCAGGUCACCCAGCAAGGCGGAGAAGACAGGCAGCGAGGUCAUGAGAGAAAUCCUGGAGGAGUCUCGUCUGCUUCUGACUGAGUUCUCUGUGGACUCCAUGAGUGUGGAUGUGCAGAGUAGAAGUCGUAGUGUAGCAGAGUUGCAGGUGGCGUCAGUACAAGCCUGUAUCACCAAGCGCCCGUACGACACUUCCAUGACGCUAACGGUACACAGCAUGCUGCUGGUCGACGCCCUACAGACAUUUGGGCCCGACUUUGAACUUCUUGUUGCAUCUCACAAGGACUUGUGUAUGGACGUCCACGGAGGCUCCAUGGUGGACUCAGACCACGCCUCCUCUCCUCGCAACAGCCAAGACGGCUCCACACAGGCUUCCGACCGAGCAUCGUCCCCCGCAACGAUCGCUGACAGAGCAUCGUCGCCACCUCCUGGCAGCCUUGGUACCAGCCCACCAAAUCUGACUUCUGAUUCGCCCUUUGACCUCUCGACCUCUGCCCUGUCGGACACUGAUGCCCUGAUCACCAUGGAGUUCACCCAGAUCAGUCCGGACUGUCCCACCCUGGUGAACGGGAAUGGGGGCCCACGCCAGAUCGCGUCCCUCCAGUUUAACACGCUGGACGUGAUCGCUAACCCUGAGACUGUGAUGGAACUACUGGGGUUCUUCCAGAGAGUGGUGCCCAAGGACAAGGUAGCAGACACCAAGCCCAUCCCAGAAGAAGAUGUGUGGUCAGAAGACUCUGCACCUCAGAGCGACCUUCUGUCCAGUAAGACACAGAUCACAGCUGACUUCAACAGGCUGAAUAUCCUGGUACUGAGGGCAGUGCCGUCUGGACACAGGAACGUCGGGUACAAGGUUGCCACGGCGACCAUGAGCGGUGCCCACGUGAUGACGACCCUGGGAGGGGAGAAGGAGGUAGAGGUAGAGGGGUCCCUGGACGGGCUGCAGUUCCUGGACCUGACACCAGAGGGCUCCAGGCACAAGAAGGUCUUCACCAUGGGCCAUGACCCCACCUCUCUGCAGGCCAGCCUUCCUGACAGAGGACAAGAAGCAAUGCAAUUGGAAAAUGCCUCGUUCAUCACUGCCUGUGGCUCUUCUGUGUUCCAAGAUUUCACCACCAACAAACCCAAAGCCCUACACUUCACCCUGACCCCAUCCGACCCCCAACCCCUGAACCCUCCCCUCUCCACUUCGACCCCUGGCCCCUCAGCGCUGCCGGAGCACCUGCCAGCUGACAGCGACUCUCUGCGGCUGCAGCUGAGACUAGCAUCUGCCUGCUACACACACUCUCCCAGACUUCUGCAGGACCUGAGUCUGUGUGCAGACCAGUUCACCCAGUACACCGCCACCUGGGCCAACUCCUUACGCUCUGCGGCCAGCGAGAUGGCGCUCAGUUUCGUGAAGAAGUCCGACCCGCUCAGCAUGUCCGUGGGGCCUACCGGCCUGUGGGACUCGUCCAGACGUCUGAGCCGGACCGGAAGCUUCCGCGGGCUGAACCGCGCCGACAGUCUGCAACAGAUCAACAGAGAUCACAAACCAGGGUUGCUUAAGUUUGAGAGCCUGGAUGUGCUGGAGGAUCUGAUGGGGGAGGCAGAAACACCUGCCAGGAGGCUGGAGCUGGACAUUGUCCUGCAAACCCCCAUAGUGGUCCUACCCAGGAGUCAGCACAGCCAGGACAAGAUGGUCGCACAUCUUGGACAGAUCUCUAUUCACAACACCAGGUCGUUGUUGCCAGACCUCUCCACACCAGCAAAGGUUGACAGUGGUGCCGAACACUUCCAUGUGGAGAUCCGAGACAUGAACAUGUACUCUUUCAACGAUGAACAGCAGAACCGCUCACGUACCAGUAGUGCUACCAGCAUCAACUUAUCCAGUUUACAGGAACCAAGCAUGCCAGAUUGCAGCCAGUACAUGAUGACAGAUCGUGGCACCCCUAUCCUGCACAACACCACCUUACAGUUAACCCUCGUCAAAGGUACCGUCCCCCGACCCGAGGCCGACGGCACAGACACGCCAAACCAAUCGGCGCCUGCAGCCUCGAACACCACGCUAACAGACGAAGAGCAGAACCCCUGUCUGAAAGUGUCCGGCAAGCUGGUGUCCCCUCUCAAACUGGUACUGUCUAAAAGUGUGUACGAGCAAGUGAUGGAGACAGUUGACAAUCUCACAGUUAACAAUACACCGGGUCCUGGAGAGACACAGCCAGAGGAAAAAACCCAAGCAGAGGUCGUAGAAGAAGAGGGAUCGACCACGUCAGUAUCGGCACUAAAACUUGAAGAGCCGUUGUUUAAAAAAGACAGAAUGGGAUCGGCUGCUGAAAAUGGAGGAGCAGUUGAGGAGGGGGAUCCCCCCAUGGUCGUACACGGCAGCUUCGACAUGCCCGAACUCGUCGUGCAACUGAGCGGAGACUUGAGUGAGGGUGAGCAAGGGUUGGUGGACUUGUCAUUCCAGAACCUCAAAGCGACGUAUGUGAAAGACAGCCCUCACACUACCUCCAUCAAGAUUAGUCUGCGGGGACUUCUUAUGGAGGAUUUACUGCAGCCCGCAGACUCGAAACACCGUCAGUUGAUGGUCUCGUACCCAAAGAGAAGGACUAAGACGCAGAGCGUAAGCAGAGGGCAGCCUGUGUACAUAUCCACGUCCUUGCCAACCCACCCACACUUGUUAGAGCACAUCCACAUGCCUUCUUCCCUCCCCGCAACCCUCGAUUCCAACAUGCGAGAGUACGUGGAAGUACCGUCAUAUCCCGCCACACCACCGCCGUCACCGCAACGGACACGGUCGCACGAAAACGUGUCAGAGGAAGAGACAGAAGAGUCGCUGGUUUACAUCAACAUCCUCUUAGUGGAUAAGAACUCACCAGAGUUUGCCACCAAGUACAACAGAGUAAACCGGUUUGUGGAUGUGGACUUCAGCUGCCUGGACACAACCAUCAACCUGCAGACCUGGGUGGUCCUGUUGGACUUCUUCGGCAUCGGGAGUCCCAAAGAACCUGCACCGAGUCCCUCGGCUGCUGGCCCCGGGGAACCUGAGAUGGCAGAGGGGAGUACAGCUUCUCCAGAUGCACCAGAACAGGUGAACACAGAGGUGGAGGUCAAAGUGCGUUCGCUGAGCCUUCUUCUUAACAAGCCAGAGUACGAGCUUGCCAAGGCGAACGUGGCUCAGCUGUCGGCCCGCGUGUCGUUAGUUGACGGGAACAUGGCGGUGACGGGGAACCUGGGCAGUAUGUCGGUGCUGGAUCUGACUCCGCACGGUUCGUUGUACCGCGAGAGAUUUGUCACGAGUGGGAAGGAGGCUUUGGACUUCAAUAUCUUCAGAUAUGGCCUCCCGGACCCAGACCUCCAGCGGGAGUACGACAUCCGUGUGCGACUGCGGAUGUCGUCUGUGCGGUACGUGCUGACUCAGCGUUUCCAGGCGGAGACUGUGGCGUUCUGUCAACACUUCAAACACCUGCAGGAACUGCUGGGCACCAUGAGGGCCGCCACCUCCGGCCAAAAGGUAAACGAGGCCCCUGGUCACGCAGCACGUAUCCUGAUGGACAUCUCGGCGGGAGCGCCAGUCAUUCUGUUCCCCGAGAGCUCUCGCUCCUCCAACAUCCUGGUGAUGAAUCUGGGACACCUCACCGUCUCCAAUCAGUUCCUGUUUGCAGGGGACAGGGGAACUAUAGAGGGGGACAAGCAGUGGGAUGCAGCACAUCAGCCAAACGAGGAUCCUUCCCAUGAUGCACAUCAGGGCAGCUCCGUAGUCUACACAGUCCAAGACGGGCUGCUGGGAACGCUAAGCUCUCCCGAGGUGUCCCCUGCACACAAGUGCCUGUUAGACUGUAUGGAAGUGGAGCUGCUGCAGAUGGACCUGUACUCUGCAGAGAGGGUGGACUGGUACCGGUCAGGCAACGAUGCAGAGGACACCCUCAUCUUUCCAUCAUUUAUGGUGGAGAGAAAGGGAGGACACCCCCUUCAGGAGAGAUGUGUGCUGAAGCUGAGAGUAGAGAGGAACCUGGAUGGAGAAAUCAGCCACGAUGUUCCAGACUUCAAUAUCCUGGGCAUGCUGUCGUCUGUGUACUGUUCCCUGGACCUGAACCAGUAUCAGCUGGUGAGGGGAGUCCUACACUGUAACCUUGGGGAGCCACUCGAGGAGUUUGAGAGGCCGCCGACCGCCACACAGGAGCCCUCCAUACAGACUGUGCUGAGUGGUAACGUGUGGACAGGCAUGUCCAUCCACAUAGACCUGGUGAACGUGAGCAUGGAGCUGCUCCUGUCCCAUGCCCAGCAGGACAAGCCUGCGCAGUCCCUCGCUAGGUUUGAGUUCAUCCGCUCCAAGCUGUCCUACGAGAGUUUCUCUGACAUGUCCAAGGACGUGGAUCUCGUUUCUCACGCCAUCGUGGCCCACGAUACAAGGUUCAAAGAUCAGCCUGCAAACCUGCGACCCAACGUGUUUGAGCAGGUCCUGGAGCCCUCCCUGCAGUACCACCAGCAGGGGGCGCUGCAGAUGGAGCUACACUACCGCUCCACCAAGGACUUCACCCGCUUCACCAUCCUGCUCAACAACAUGCGCCUCAUGGUCAUCUUCGAUUGGCUCUCUGCUGUCAAGGAUUUCCUGCUAACCGAUCACCAAGAAGCACAGGGAGAAGAACCCCAUGGUACGGAUGACUUUAGCCCUCCCAGUCCCCAGCCAUCACAGCCUGUUAAUGUGACCCAGGGGGUGGUCACCAAGCGAGGUCCCCCGCCCAAACCUGAACCCUCCAUGACGGAGAUCAAACUCAACGUCACACAGACCGAGUUCGUGGUGGUGGAGAGCACUGCAUCAUGGGAUACCAAUGCCAUCAUCUUAAAGUCCACCGCAGUGCUGACGUACCGUCCCCAGAUGAUCGCCCGUCCCGUCUCCUGCAGUCUGCAGAGUCUGGAGGUCUUCUCCUGCCAGCUGGGGAACGAGCAGGACACCGCGCUGUCCAUCAUCGACCCGCUCACCGUCAACAUCGAGCUCAAACCCAGCGCCAACCAACCGCAGGCAGGGGGACUGCUAGAUGCAACCGCCCUACCAGACCUGCCUCCUAUGUUAGAGGUGGUAUUCCACACCCUGAACAUCCGUGUCUCGUACCACGAUAUCCGCCUCUUCCUGGCCAUCCUGAACUCCCUACCCAAGCAGACUUCUUCCACAGCCAAUCACAACGGAGCACCAGCAGACCCACAGCAGAAGGGGGUGGUGGUGAAAGAUGGAGUGUCCACGUGGGCGGGGAGGGUGGAUGGAGGAAGGAACAGCAGACAAGUCAAGGGGCCGAUGGAGGAAAUUGACAUGGUGCAGAAACUACAAGAGCUGGGGUUUGCUGCAGAUGACUGCAGGCAAGCACUGCAGCAGUGUGAGAACAGACUGAACAUGGCUGCAGCCUGGCUGCUGGAGAAUGCAGAACCUGUCCCUCAGAAGAGACGAGCAGCGUCGGGGGACAGACAGGGGUUGCAGGAGGGGGGCAUGAGGCUGUCUGGGAUCAUGGUGACUGCUAACUGUGCCUGUCUGUGCCUGAUCGAUGACUGUAAGGACAGUGAUGUACCACUGGCUGAAGUCGCUCUCCAUGACCUGAUGUUUGUGCAGUACCUGGAGGGACUGGUGAAGGGUUCGCUGAACUGUGCCCUGACUGUGGACUACUACAACAGGGAACUGUCAGGAUGGGAGCCACUGGUAGAGCCUUGGAAUUCCUGGUUCUUCUAUUCCAAUGAGUUUGGAAGCGAUGAAGAGACAAAAAGAUCACAGUUUGGUUUGACGCAGCAGCCAGAGUCGGAUGUGCAGCCAUCAGCCCUGCAGGUCCGCAUCACUGCCGAGGACAGGCUCAACCUCAACAUCACCAGCAGCUUCCUGGACCAGUACUCAAGCACACAGAAGAACUGGACUGAGGACUAUCUCAAUGGACAAACAGUAUCAGGUGCAGCCCCUGUCAGGAGACGAUCACCAUUUGUGCCAUACAUGCUGAGGAACCACACCGGCUGCCGGCUAGCCUUCGCUACACAGACUACCUCAUCUUCAAGAGCGGAGACCCUGAGCUCUCACGGGAGACAAUCCAGUGACAAGGACAGCCUUCUGAGUGACUGGCACCAGGUCAUGCCGGGGGAGGACGUACCAUUCGAGUUUGAGGGGAGGGGCAAGCUGCGCCACAGGCACACACACGAGCUGCGGGUGCACCAGCUGCUGGUGCAGGUGGAAGGGUGGCACCAGGUGUCACCUGUGUCUGUGGACAGGGUCGGCGUGUACUUCAGGGAUGCACAGCCACUCAGGGCAAAGGCAGAGACUAUAUUCCAUGACCUGCCCCCCGCCAGGAUAGUGUUUGCAGUGACGAUGGUGGAGGGCAGUGCACAGAAGGUGGUGACUGUCCGGUCAGCACUGGUCAUCAAGAGCAUGCUGGAGGUGCCGACUGAACUCAAACUGGACAAUCCUUCAGUACCUGAUGGUCCUAUCCAGUUGCCAGUCCUGGAGCCCAACUCCUCCAUCUCCAUCCCACUGCCCCUGGUGUCAUGGCGGCUGUACGCCCGGCCUCGCGACUGGGGCGUGCAGUUCUGCAGGAAGCCGCUAGAGUGGAUGAAGGUGCUGAAGGGUGGGGAGAGGCUGGACAGCAUGAGAGAGUGCUCGGCAGGAGAUGAGGGAGGAACGUAUAGGUUCUGUGUGUCAGUAAGGAGAGAGCACUUCCCCCCAGAUGUAGCCGGUCUCUUACAAACAGGACCCGGCGCAUCGCAGAGGAACGUGGACAUCGUUCGACGACCGGGUCACGUGAUCCGGUUGCUGCCGCCAGUGGUUUUGACCAACCUGUUGCCUGUUGAGCUGUCGUUUUACCUGAAGGGUACUGACAUCCGCGGCACUGUCAAGGCUGGCAAGAGUUCCGCACUGUAUAAUGUGGAUACAACCCAGACCCUGGAACUAGGCGUUUUGCUAGAGAGUUUCACAGAAUGCAGGGAACUGGUCAUCCCCCUGGCCGGAAUGUCCACCAUUGACCACAAGGUCAAGCUGCGGCUGCACGACACACGGAACCGACCCCUGCACCUCUACGUCAGGCUCAAGGCCAACCCAGGGGGAACACUAAGGAUCCUGAUCUCAGCUCCAUACUGGCUCAUCAACAAGACAGGCCUGCCGCUCAUCUUCAAGCAGGAGGGGAUGCGGGGGGAGGCCGCCGGGCAGUUCGACGAACAUGAGCUCGCCCGCAGCCUGGCUCCUCUGCUGUUCUCCUACACAGACAAGGAGAACCCAGACAUGUGCACGAUGCGGCUGGGAACAGCUGUCCACACGGACGGCAUGUCGAGCUGGUGCCAGCGGCUCUCCCUGGAGGGCGGAACCGGCGUGCGCCAGCUGUACGUGGUGCGGCACGGCGGCCACCCCUCCAUCGUCUACAACAUCGGCAUCGACAUCCGCCGCGGGAGGGGGCGCUAUCACGCCACGCGCAUCGUGACUUUUGCCCCACGUUACAUCCUGGAUAAUAGGACGGAGCACAAGCUGGCCUUCGCACAGAGACAUCUGGCAAGAGGAAUGCGCACAUCCAACCCGGAUGGCUACCUGUCCGCCCUGCCCAAGGCUAACGUGCUGUUCCACUGGCCGCGGGUGGACCUGGACAUGUUACUGUGUGUGCGCAUCAUGGAAGUGCCUGACUGCUGCUGGUCUGGGGGAUUCAGUAUCGAGAGGAUUGGGUCCUUCCACAUCAACAUGAGGGGAAACAACUGUCGCUGCAUCUUCCUACAUGCAGAGAUUGUGCAGCAUGGAGCAACGUUCUGUGUCGUCUUCACAGACCCCACUGGACUGCCUCCACCUUAUAGGAUAGACAACCAUGCAGAGGUGCCCAUAGUGUUCUGGCAGAAAGACUCCGUGGACGACAGUUUAAGAACGGAGAUGAAGCCACACACCUCCAUGGCGUACGCUCGUGACGAGCUGAUGUUACCGUCCGUCCUGGUGUGCCAGGUAAAGGGAGGCUCCUACGCUUACUACAACAUGAACAGGUUUGGGGACGGAGACCAGCUCUGCUACGAGAACUUCAUCUACAUCGCCUUCACAGAGACUUUCAGGUCCCAGCAAGAUGCAGACCAGUGGGCGGAUAAGGCAUCAAUGGCUAGCAGGGAGCUAGUGUUGGACGUCCCCAGCGGGACUGUUGUGGUGCUCAGGAAAAAGGAACCUGGAAAGCGUUCCCAGCUGUGGCGUAUGACGAGUGCUGGUCUCCUCCGACAUGAGGGCUCGUCCCCGCCGCGCCACCCCGGCUCCAGCACCGCGCCCAGCAAGGCCAUGGAUGGAUUGGUCCUCGAUAUCACGGACAUCGCAGCCAACCCGCUCAAGUUCAUCACGCUGUGUCUGCGGAAACCGGACCAGCGAAGGAAGGCGACACAGACCUGGAACUUUACAGAGGACGGUCGGCUGUGCUGUCUGCACACGGGACUCUGUGUCCAGGCCAAGUUCCCAGGCUUGGGCACGGCCUUCAAGGAUGGCCGUCUGUGCUGCCUGCUGGGAGGCCUGUGUGUCCAGGCUAAGGACGGGAUGGUGGGGCUGCGGCACAGCGCUGCGGCCGUGCUGGGGCCUGUGGGCAUCACCCAGCCUGGCUACAUCCCGCCGGGACAGCGCGUCACCAGGCAGAAGGUCCAGCCGGGGUCUGGGGUCUUGGCCUGUAGGAUAGUGUCAGAUGGACCAACCAGAGUUCUGCAGAUCACAGACAUCAAUCAAAAGAGAUUACAGCAGUCGACAGUAGAAGACUGGGUCGUGGUUCAGGACCAGACAAAAGCACAGCCCCUUGCAACCUCUGCCCCCCAACCUCUGCCCUCUGACCCCUCCAGCCGUGACCUUGAGCUGGAGGUCAUGCUGAAGGGUGGGGUGGGGAUCUCGCUGGUAAACCGGACUCCCGAGGAGCUGGCCUUCGUCAGUCUGUGUGGCAUCUCGGUGAGCUACUCCGCCACUGCCUCCAGAGAGAGCCUCAUAGCCACUGUCAACAAGAUACAGGUUGACAACCAGCUGUCUGGUAGCUGCUGGCCCGUCAUGCUGCACAUGGCACAUUGUGGUCUGGAGGCUCAGAGGGAACGACCCGCUGUACACAUGGCUGUGGAGAAGGAACCCGGCACCAGACAGGACACGGAGAUAUAUAAGCACCUGAUGCUGCAUGUGAGCCCCCUGGUGCUCCAGCUGGAGGAGUCCGGGCUGCUGAAGCUGCUGCAGUUCUUCGGGUUCGGCUCCUCGGCAGCUGAGAUGGAGAGUGUGGAUGUGGCCGAGUUCGACAGCUGGAGGAACCACACUGCAGCAACAACAGCUAAAAGAUACUACUUUGAGACCCUGAAGCUCCACCCUACGGAGAUGAAACUGUCGGUGAACCGCGGAGCGAAACUCCCGCCCGACCUGAAAGCUCUGAAGGCCCGGCUGGGCCUGACCCUCAUCAGCUUUCAGGAGGCGACGGUCGACCUGGACGCCUUCACGUGCCUGCACGCCUUCGAGACGCAACAGUUCCUCAUUGACUGUAUCUACAGCCACUACAUCGAGGAGCUGAAGGGCCAGGCUGCUAAGAUCCUGGGGUCUGUAGACUUUCUGGGAAAUCCCAUCGGCCUCUUCAAUGACGUGACGGACGGGCUGUCAGGACUGGUGCAGCAUGGGAAUGUUUCUGGACUGUUCCGCAACGUCACACACGGGCUGUCCAACUCUGCAGCCAAGAUGACCAGCGCGCUGUCGGACGGCCUGGGGAACAUCGCGCUGGACUCCCAGCACCAGCAGACCCGCACGCAGAUCCGACAACAUGGCGGCUCGGGCAGCGAGCACAUCGUGGCGGGGCUGAAGGGCCUGGGGUUCGGCAUCGUGGGGGGUCUGACCAGUCUGGUCACACAGACAGCAGAAGGAGCCGUCAAGGGAGGAGUCGAAGGUUUUUUCUCAGGACUUGGGAAGGGCCUUGUUGGCACGGUAACCAGACCAGCAACAGGCUUGCUGGACUUUGCAUCAGGCACAGCACUGGCAGUGAGAGACACGGCAGCUUCUGAUGAUGCCAGUAGGCUGCAGCCGCGGCGUGUACGACUGCCCAGAUGCUGUAGCGGACCGGGCGGAACCCUUCCCCGCUACACCGACUUCCACUCCCAGGGACAGGACUACCUGUACAAGCUGAAUGACAUGAACACCAGGGAAAUGUUCAUCUCCCUGGAGCAGUUGAGACACAGCGACAGGGACUUCCUGCAGGGCCUGGUGUCCAGCGAGGCCGUGUACUUCCUGGGUCGCGGGGGGCCUGACCCGGAAGCAAUCAUCCUGCAGGUCAACUACAGCGACCUGUUCCACUGUAUUGCCAUCAAGAGGAUAGCAGAGCAAACAGGUGAGGAGCGGCACUAUGUGGAGGUGACGAUGAAGGCAGAUAACCUGGCAGGUGUGCCCACUCCGAGUCAGAACCCACAGAAACGACCUGUGGUCAGGUGUGACUCGAAAGAUAUAGCAGAGAAGGUUGUCAAGCAGAUCAUGUAUGCCAAGAGCCUGUAUGAUGAACACAGGUUGACUUUGCCCCCCUCCAAAGAAGAAGACCCACUGGACUGGGACUACUAGAUACUGUAGGGGUUGGCGGCACAAAUUUCUUAUACAUGUAGGGGUAGGGCUUAGACUGAAAAAAUAAACUUGAUAUGCAUUACAGAGAUUAAGGCCUUAGCCUGGCCACUGGUUAUUAGCAACAAAUAGAGAGAAAAAGUGGAAUUGAUCUGAUUUGAACUUUCUUUAGACUCAGACAAAGAGCUGUACAGUUUAAGAAGUUGGGAAGGUUGAUGUUAAGAUCCAAGUCGCAAUCAGUGUUACAAACAUUGGGACUGUUUCCCUUGCUGCUGUUUUUGUCUAUAUGGACCUGUGUGCAGUAUCAGAUUGAUAACUAUCAAGUCUUGUUGAAAUAUGGCACUUGUAAAUCUGUAUGCCAAGAAUGUACAAUGUAGGUAUUAAAUUUGGAAGCCUUUUUGUGUAAAAGUUGGGAGGCAAGUUAUUUACAAACUGAUAUAUGCCAUAUACCAGAUCUAUUAGGUGUGGCCAAAAUGUGCUGUACAGAAUGUAUGAUGUUACUACUGGAUUUCCACCUUUAAGCUAGAAGCAUUUUGUUAAACUAGAAUUAUGUGCAUGUAGAAGAGAGUUUGAGCUUUUAAAAGACAAUCUAUGUGUUCUGUACCACAAGAAAACAAGACAAAAUUUGUGCUACUCUGUCAAAGCCUUCAGGCCACACCAAUUUGAUUGGUUAGUUCUUGGAUUUAGAAACAAUUACACAAAAUCUUUAACUGGAUAAACGUAAUAAUAAAGAAGCCCCCAGUUUUAUGAAGUGAAUACUGUCAUACUCAAGUUUUCCUUCCUUUCCUCUAGUUUUAUAGCAAAAUCCGAGAACCAACAAAGUAAAUUGAUGUGGCCUUUAGUUAACGAAAAACAGCAUGGUAAAUCACCUGUAUGUGGUUCAUUCCUUCAUCAGAAGAUUUAUCAUGGAGAAGCUCAGUUAAAAGCAGGCAAAGUAUCAGCAAAAUAUAUUGCCCGACUUGCAUCCUGAUCGAAUUUUACCAGUAAUGUAAGGUUACCAGUUUACGGUCAAUUCGCUAACAACGCCAUUUUAUGGAAAGUGCGCACACAGAAGUUAUACUUGUAUGAUAUGAAGCUAGUAUGUAUGAACAAUACUUGUACAUGUAUGUGAUGUUGGUUAUGUUGCUGUUGGUAUGUGCAAUAUAAAGGAAUCAUGGAUGGUAAAGUUUCAAUUUGUUGUUUUAAAAGUCAGUGGAUUAUUUUGUGGGAAUGAAAGGUCAUAUCUCUGUAUUAUGUGAAUAACAUGGUAAGCAGUUAAACUGCCUUGCAAGAGAACAAAGUCUUUGUCUCAGUCUGUGCUGCAGCCCUCAUCAUAUUCAAAUGAGGCAAGCCAAGAAAAAAAAGUUGUAUUUCCAGCUACCCAACCAACCAGACCCGAUGAACCUAGCCUUGCCACAUUUAAGUGAUGAAAACAUUGUUGAAUUGCUUUCCACUGUCAAGUUCAUUUCUAUUGCAGUAUAGAAUUGUGCUUGAACUUUGUAUAUGUAGGUCUAUUAUUAAUAUGGAAGUGUCCUGAAGCAUUUGUUGGAUCACUUUGGCCAAAAUUAAAGCAACAUUUUCAAGAAAACGCAGAAUAUUUCCACACCAGUAAAGAGGAAGACUAUAAAACAGCAUCAUCAAUUAUGCAGAUUAGGUGAUAAAUAGCACAACACUCAUGUCUUUGAAUUUGGCUUUUGUCAAGCUACUGAUUUUUCCAAUAUGAAACUAUGAAACCUAUACCAUUCACCAGUGGGGGGGGGGAAUCAUUGCCUACCAACCCUACUUUUUUCAGGACAGUAAUCAGAAACACAACAUUCAUUUUCUUACGCCUCACCAAUGACUGGCUUUCUGUGAUUGGUCAUUUUAGCCCGAUGAAGGCUAUAGUACAGACAGUGGAAUUUUUUUUUUGCUGGGAUAUAACGAAGUUUAUGUAUUUACAAUGUACUAGGUUAUUUAUUUGUUGCUUUUUUCUAUGUUCUUGUAUGCAAUCAUGCUGAAGGUUGAAUGUUGGUAGCAGUAUUCUCCCUUGGUACAUUGGAAGAAAUAAAUGCAAAGAGCUUUA